AUGUAUCAGCUUCACCCUUGUGCAGAAUGGAGGCGUUUCAAAGACUCGCCCCUUCCAGAGCCAAAGUACAAUCCCGACGGUACUGUGGUAUACGAACAGUGGACGAGACCUGGACAGGGACGUCGACCACUGCUCGAUUUCAAGUUACUGCCUGACAAGGCAAGCUUCAUCGUCGCAAAUGCAAUAUUCCACGAUGUGCUAACAUCUCUAGAUCUCCACCGAGGAAGCUUGGUGGUAUCAUGA